AUGUGUGAGAGCGAGCUUUUCCCCGUUUCCAUGUUCGGGGAUGCUACUGAAAGGGAGGUAGCAUUUUCCUCAGAUAACAACGAUACAGAAUCUCCCAUGAGAAAAUCAGCUAUCGCGUAAGUUAUGUAUUUGUAGUAUUGCCAUUCCGCCCAUCUGCAGAAGACGAUUAUCCUUUAGGGCGGUCAAAUUUAACUUCCAUUCAAAUUGUCACCUAGCAAGCGAACAAGUUACCCAUUUAGAGUGGUGAGCGAAGAGAGACGAGGCCCGCGACGAGCGGAGAAGCGAGUGGCGAAGCCCGAUGUUUUUGUUUUCUCUUCCCUCGCUUACGUGUGAUCUCUUGCGAUACCACCAAAUGCGACCUUUUGCGGCGCGCAACAAAGGAAAUAGGAGACAUCUGCAUGCAGGCAAAAAAGGAUGAAAGACCUCUUUUGACGCAGGCUAGAAGUACUCCCGUGUGAUGGCGUCAAUAGACGGAAGCACUGAGGCACUAUAGGUGACGUUAAACCUCCGUUAAUUUACAGCACUCAAAGAGUUUUGAAUAGCAUCAGACCUGCUCCACCGAGUCCUUCAAAAUAAAUUCCAGAUUAAAAAUAUUUUGUUGAACUUCCGCUCUGUACAUUCCUCAAACUGAUUGGCCAACAGAUUAAUCCGGGACACUUAGGACGGUCAAUGCAGGAAUAUAUUUCUAUACUUUUUCCUAUGGAAUUAUUUUUAUUCUGGGUUUUUCCGUUGCAAGGAUUUGUUGGUACUUUUCUAACCUCCCCACUGCCCAGAUUAUCAUUUUCUCACGUUUGUUACUCAAUUUGAUUUAGUAUCUUGGGAAAAGAAAAUGACUUCAUAGAUAUAAAUGCACUUUAAAAACUAUUAUCAAUCGUUUAUUAAUGGUGCAAUUACCUUUCAUUUUAAAUAGAUCACCUGUCUCAACUCGACAAUUGAAACUGGACCCCGAUAUCAUAUGGAUACAAGAGGAAAUUGUUGGUCCCUACGGUUUCAAGAAAGACCCGGAAAUAGAUGAAUGGAAACAGCAACCAUCCUUUGAAAAUGAUCUAGGAACCGCCAAAUUUAGAAAAGUCGCUUUAAAAGCUCUGAAGUUCUUUAAAAUUAAUAUUGAUUGGGAAAGUUCAAAAAACAAAAAGAGCUGCUCUAACCUCCUAUACAUGACAGCCGCUAGAUAUCUUUUGGUAACGCAUAUUCUUUACGAACAAAGCGGAAAAAAGUUGAUUGCUUGUAAGCAAGUUGGAGAGUACGGCAAAAUGAAAAAAUUUGUGAUCCCUGAUUCUGGAGUGUGUUUUCCUAAGCCCUACGGAAGCGCCACUUGUAAAUCGGACUACGACGUUGGGCUGAUUGGUAAAGAUGCUGGUAUUCUAACGAAGAAGUUUAACAACUAUUUUCAAACUACUUUUGGAAAACCUUCAGAGCUUGUUUUUGAUACAAAUGUUUACGCUUUCACACUCGAAUUCUCCAUGCCCUCCAUAUUCCAUGGUCUUCCGGUUAGGUUUGCUGAUCUUAUCAGCCAAAAAGAGCAAUCAGUAAACUUCAAAAUGCAGGAAUUGGCCAGUGCGUACUACAAGGUUUUUAAAUAUAACGAUGGCUUCUUUCGCGCGAUGGCGAAUAAAGCUAAGAGAGUAAUGAAAAAAACUUUCAAAGAGCGGCUUAACUAUUGGCUGUCGGCAUUUAAUAAAUUGAAUAAUCAACAUGGAAUGAGACUCGUAAAAGGCAAUUCCCUCAAAGACUUUAGAAAAUCUCAUAAUGAACAGUACCAAACGCGCGUGGCAAAGAUGUCAAAAAAUGGCGGAUAUAAAGCCAAAAAUUUAGGUAAUUACUUAUUCUUCUUUUGUUAUUAAUUGAUAACGAGUGAGCGAUAUAGUAGCACUUAGGCGAACAUGAAAGGGAAACGCUGCAGUUAAGUUAAUGACUUAAUUACUUCUGCCAUUUCAGGUUCAGUCCUGACCUUUUAACGAGCCACUUAAGCGUAUGCGAAAUGUUCUGGCUAGUCGUUGCCGCGUGAUCAGUGCACCGUUUAAUCACUAAUCAGGCUUUUUAAGGGUGUUGCGAUGUCUAUUCCUUAUUCUUUAUUCAGUCAAUUAGUUUUUAAUGUGACAUUCACCAUCUAUUGUAGUACUAGCCAUCGAGUAGCCUCCCACGCAGACGUUCUAAAGGGUUCGUCACGCGUAGGAGGCGGAGGCUAGCCAUCGAGACCUAUCUAGACGAUUAAGUCAGGUUGCAUUAGGAUUGCGACAAACGCUCUCUUUUUCCUAAUACAGUAGAAUGACCAAGGCUAGAGCCUGAACCUUGACCACGCAUACAAAUAGUUCACUCAUAGUCUCUCCUUCAUGGUUUACUUGAUAAACGGUUUAAUUGGCCAUGUUGUAAACGAGCGGGGAAUUGGUACGUCUUAUGACCGCAAAUGCCCUAGGGAUCGUUUGGAGGGACAGAAAACAGAAGGCGGACAGCAAGCGACUUAUUUACGCUCUAUGCCAGAAGAAGACAUACCUUAUGUGCCAGGAUCGUAGAGAAUUUUAUAGACGUAAAGACAAAUUGCAUUUCUGAAACUGUUAUUGAAGCCUGGAACACAGUAAUUGUAGUGCGCUAUUAUUCUCUCCCUCCAAGCGAUCCCAAGAAACAUUGUGGUCGCAUAUCAUACCCAGUUUUUCAGUCGAUUAGGACAUAAAGAAUUAUUGCACUUUUGUCUUGAAGGUAUUCUCGCCGAGGCAUUAAUCUACGCAGCAGAGGCGUACCACACCCGCGGCGCCAUACGACAUGUAGUGGGAGGAAUGCAGCUGAAGUCAAUAGGGGGGCAAACCAACAACGCACUUUCAACUCACGACCUGUGGGUAUCAAUGAUUGAAAACUGGGGAGAGACAAACAAAGAAUACAACCACUGCAGGCAAGACCCUCUGACCAAGUGCCUCCUAAAGAUGAGCAAAUACCUUUUGAGGAUGUUCAACGCGAUGAGACUGCUCCGUUCCCGUCUACCAAUAAUAAAGAGAUUUUUCCUGUUAAAAUUUAAAACUCCCAAUGACCCUGAAUCCACAGCGAGGGAGUGGCUACGAUAUAAAAAGGAAGGAAAAACGGAGAUUCCUGAAAGCAAAAACAGUAUGAUAAAAUCCUUUUUUGGCAAUUUUAAAUGUAAAAUAAGAGGAAAAACAAAAGAUUUUAGAAACACUCCACUCUCUCCAGAGUGUUUAGGCAAAAUACAUGACGUUGUAAAUGCUUAUAAUGUAAAGUUGGCCGCUGCACUUGCUACAGACGUAACCAUAAAAUCACCGUAG